AUGGAGUACUCGAACUUCAUCUUCUUCACCUGUCUGGCCCUCUUCAUUUCCCUCCGCCUAUCAAAACUCUUCUUCUCCACAAGAAACAAGAAACAAAAGCGUCAGAAUCUUCCACCAAGCCCUCGCUCUCUUCCCAUCAUCGGCCACCUCCACCUUCUCAAAAAACCUCUCCACCAUUCCCUGGCCCGACUCUCUGCCCGACACGGCCCGCUCCUCUUCAUCCACUUCGGCAUCCGCCCCACCGUCGUCGUUUCCUCCUACUCCCUCGCCGAGGAGUGCUUCACCACCAACGACAUGGCCUUCGCCAACCGCCCAAAAUUUCCCUCCACGAAUCUCACCACUUACAACCACACAGCCCUCGCAUACGCCUCUUACGGCCAGGGGUGGCGCAGCAUGCGCCGCAUUGCCACCGUGGAAGUCUUCUCUGCUCAGCGCCUCGCUUUCUUUUCGGGAGUUCGGGCGGAGGAAGCGCGAGCUUUGGUCCGAAAUCUGUUGAACGACAUGAAGGGGGAGGAAUUCAGGAUGGUGGAGCUGAAGACGAGGCUUUUCGGGUUGGCGAUGAAUGUGAUUAUGGGAAUGGUGGAUGGGAAGAGAUAUUAUGGAGAGGGUGCGGACAUGAACGAGAAGGUUAUGAGGUUUAAGGCUGCGGUGCAGGAGGCAUUUGCGCUGUCUGGUGCGUCAAAUGUUGGAGAUUUCUUGCCGGUGGGGAUCAGGUGGUUGGUGGGGCGAAGGUUGAAGGGAAGGCUGGGAUGGAUUCAUGAGAGUAAGGAUGAUUUUCUGCAGUCUGUUUUGGAGGAAGGGAGGAGGAAAAAUGAGGGGGAGGAGGAUGGGAACCAUAGGAAUAUGGUUGAUGUGUUGUUGGCGCUGCAGAGGGAGCAGCCGGAGCAGUACACCGAUCGUUUUCUCAAAGCCAUGAUUACGAAUUUGUUGUCUGGUGGCACAGAUACUUCAUCAAAUACUAUCGAAUGGGCAUUGACACUUUUACUAAACAAUCCCUUGAAGCUUCUGAGGGCCACACGAGAGAUUGAUGAGAAAGUGGGACAUGAACGUUUGAUUGAGGAAGCUGACCUUAUCAACCUUUCCUACCUCAAGUGUAUCAUCAAAGAAACCCUACGGUUGUACCCUGCAGGGCCUCUGCUUGUACCUCAUGAGUCUCGUGAAGACUGCACGGUGGGAGGCUACCACAUACCACAGGGCACCAUGCUUUUAGUGAAUGCAUAUGCAAUCCAUAGGGAUCCUAAGAAAUGGCCAGAGCCGAACAAUUUUCUUCCAGAAAGAUUUGAAGACGUAGAUGUUGGCAAAGUGGGUGACAUGUUAUCAUUUGGCAUGGGAAGAAGAAAAUGCCCAGGGGAAAGUCUUGCGAUGAAAGAGAUGGGCCUGGUGCUUGGAACUUUGAUUCAGUGCUUUGAGUGGAAAAGGGUUACCCCGCAGGAGAUAGACUUGAGAGAAGGAGCGGGAUUGACCAUGCCUAAAGCAAAUCCUCUUGAGGCCUUGUGCAGGCCACGAGACGCUAUGAUGAAUGUGUUGUCUCAUCUUUGAAUGUUGGUUUUGAUUUUCGGAGACUACAUAUCAACAUUAUCUCUAUGAAAAUAAGUGAUGCAUCAUUUGUGUGAAGCAUAUUGAAGUUUGAAGCAGAAAACAUUUGUAAGAACUUCAUAGAUUAAAAAAUAA